UAAAGGGCAGAGUACAGGAUGCAACCUUAUAAAACGCUUCGUACCGAGAUUCGACCGGCUUAUUGAAUCAGAAACCGGUCGCGGUUAACGCUGCUCGACUACGAUUAAGUGCGCGAACGUAUUUUUGUUGUUGUUCAAGAUGCCGGCCUGUAAGCUAGACAGCAUGCCGCGAAAGUGGCCCAGCAACGAGUCCAUCCACGCUGGAAGCACCUCCAGCAGCACUUCCGGCAUAGACAGCCCUUGGUCCCUGCAGUCCCUGUCCCCAGGUUCAACAUCGCCUGAUAACACCCUCAGAAAACGAAGGAUACUGAGAACGUCCUCGGUUGGAAGCGUUAUCCAGGAACCUUUCGUCAUCACCACCGAAUGCAGAGUGUCCAGGAGCCAGAGUCCGGUUCUGCAAGGACAGCAGGUUGAAGAACCCCCGUCAGCUCUCGCUGAACUUAUAGGAUGGUAUCCCCUUUUCCUAUUCCGCCUCGUGAGGACCUUGUUAUUGGUCUGCAUGCCGAAAACUUGGACCCAGUUGCUUUUGGCUGUGCCCAAGCUGUAUAUAAACUUCUGGAUUUGGGUGCUCAAACAGACGGCCCUAUUUCCAAUCACCGUGAUCAAAAUGAUGUUGAAUUUUAUAUGGGUGGACUCGGCGGAACGAAACAGGAAGAAAAGGACUGUUUUGAUAAGUGGCGGUAGUACCAUACAGGCCCUUCAUUUAGCUAGGAAUUUUUACUGUGCAGGUGCAAGAGUUGUAGUGUGUGAAGUUGAAGGACAGUUCGCUUUGGCAAGGUUCUCCACUGCUGUUUCCAGAUUCUACACGGUGCCCAAACCCACGUCCGACCAACAACAGAAUUACGUGAGGGCACUCUGCGAAAUCGUAGACAAGGAGCAGGCUAUGUACUACAUCCCAGUGAGCGCCUCCACCUCAGCGUAUUACGAUGCCGUUGCUAAACCCCACUUGGAACUGCUCGGUUGCUCCUGCUUCUGUCCCGGAAUCAAAGAAGUAUGGGCUUUGGACGAUACCUUAGAAGUGAUGAAAAGGUGCCAAAAAUACGACAUUCCAACUCCCGUCUACCAUUCCAUCACAUCCAAAGAAGACGUGUACAGACUUUACGAUACCGGAGCGGUGAGAAACGGAAACUUUGUCAUGUCGACCGCCGGUCCGAUCGGACUCAGAGAACGCUGCAAGAUGGUACUACCACCCUCCAGAAACGACCUCAAGCUCAAUUUCGACAUCAGCGAGCAGAGACCUUGGGUCGCCGUGCAAGACGUCAAGGGAGAUCACUUCUUGACCUGCACCACCGUUAAACAGUCCCAAGUGGUGGCUAACGUUACCUGCAGGCUGGACAGAAGCAACAACGGAUUAGUUCCCACAGAAAACCAACAGAUCAACCAGUGGUUAUCCCAUUUCUUCUCGAAACUCCACCUCUUGAGACCCAUAACCGGACACAUCAGCUUCAGGUUUGCGGUCAACAAAGAGAACGGCGUUUUGGUACCUUUGAGCAGUAGAGUAGGAGUGUCUCUACCUUACAUCUGUUACACGUCGAUACAUCCUAGACUCGUAUGGAAGACAUGCAAGCAUUUCAGCAGGCAGAAUUCAGGGGUGUUGGUGAAUGAAAACGGCAAAGUCUACAUUUCUGAACAUAAGCAACCGGCUGUAGAAAACGUGACGAGGCUGAUUGGUACUGUGUUGGAUAAAAGGGAAGUUCUCUUCCUAAUGUGGGAUCCCUUACCUUACUGCGCCUACUACCACAUGCAGAUUCCGUUCAAGAAUGUCCUUUCUUUUAUCCAAAAGAAACAAGACAGUUUUCCACGACCCUUAACCAAUCCCGUUCGUUGAAAGAAUAUCACGUGGAGAGAGAGAUUGAGCCUGAUACGAGUAGUGCAAAGAUUUCAGAUAAUGAUUAAUUUAUUGUUGCAUAUUUGAGUGUGUUUGGUCGGAUAAACACUAUUUAGUAUCCGACAGAGAUUUGUAACGUUCUUUACGUAUGUUUUUUUUUAUCCAGAGUAUGUAAAUAUUUUUGUAUAUAAAAAUUUCUUCUGAUGGUAACACAUUUGAGCCUUAUAUGGUCAAUCGAUUUCUAUAUAACUGUUCUAAGUUAUUUUUAUGGAACUGUUUGUGUAUAUAUUUGAUAUAUGAAUAAAAAUCAGUUUAUUAAGUAGUUUCAAAUUUGAAACAUUUGUAGAAUUAUAUUCAUAAAGGGAUGGAAAUCUUUUCUGAAUUUUGUCGAGCUGUUUCGUUGGAAAUUGUUCCUUUAGUGCAAUUGACUGAUAAUUGAGAGAUUUUUUGUUAAUUUAAAUAUAAAUUUUCUUAUGACUGUUAUGUUUUUUAUGUUUCUCUUCAUCUAUAAAUAAAACUUUCUUUCCAAGCA